UGUGCGCCCCACACACGCUCCGCGCCGAGCGAGUCUCGGAUCGCGCCCCGACGACUCACUAAAACGAUUUACUCUCAAUCGCAUCACGUAUGUCAUAUUAUCCUUUAAUUACUAAACUACAUUAAUCACUGCUACGCGUUAACUUUAUUUUUACUGUUAUUAUACAAGUUCGGAACAAACACUGAUAAUUUAUAACCGAAAGUGAAUAAAUAAUAUAUAAAUGCAUUAUUAAAACGCUCUCAAAUUCAUCAUAAGUGGUUAAAAAGUGCGUACAUUAUAGUCGAAACCUUAGAUUCAUAUAAAAUAGUGCAUCAAGGUGAUUUAAAAUACGUUGUUGAAAUAAUGAUUAGUAGGGACAGCAGACUAUAAUGUGGUGUGUGGGUGCGUGUUGUAUGAGGUGGUCUGUGUCGCGGUGAGUGUGAGCAGGGUGGCGACGCAGCCGGAGUCGCGGGCUGGGGGUAUGGGGGGCGGGGGCGGCGGGUGGCCAAGAGAAGCGCCCGCGCUGCUGAGCACGGCGCUGCUGCUAGGCGGCUCGCUGCCAGAGCGGCCACCGGCCCCGCUCUUCACCAUCGACAGCAUCCUGGCACCACGGCCGCAGCCCCCAAUACCUCCACUGCAAUUACACCAUUUAGCACAUUCAACAUUUCACCGAGCACACGAUCUAUUCGGUGUCGGCAACGUGGGGAGUGCGGUGUCAGGGGCCGGGGGCUACGCAGGCCUGUAUGGAGGCUACGCGGCCGCCGCCUUGGCCGGUUUGGCGGGCCCGCCGCCCAAACGCAAGCGGCGCCACCGCACCAUAUUUACUGAAGAGCAGUUGGAACAGCUUGAGAGCACUUUUGACAAGACACACUACCCUGAUGUGGUGCUACGGGAACAGUUAGCGCUACGAGUCGACCUCAAGGAAGAAAGAGUUGAGGUAUGGUUUAAAAAUCGUCGUGCAAAGUGGCGGAAACAAAAACGUGAGGAACAAGAGCGACUACGGAAGCUGCAAGAGGAGAGAGCGUGCGGGCGCGCACCCUUGCUGGCGCGGGCGACGCUGUCUCCGGCGCACUCGCCUCCCACGCACUCUGCGCCCGCGCCGCCCACGCCUCGCCCAUAUACUGACGACUCAGACUCCGAUCUUGAGGUUGCUUGAAGUAUUCACCUCAAUUGUGACAGAGAAAUAGGAAACAAUACAUUGCUUAGCAGUCGAACCAAAAUGGAACGAAUCUAUCAUAAAAUAGCGGAAAUGAUUUUAAUAUUUGAUUUUUUAGGUAUU